AUGGUAAACGAGACGGCAGCGGACAACCCACUGCAGAACGAAUGGGUUCUUUGGGAGCACAAGGCUGCUGGGGCAGGCAACAAAAACCCGAAUCAAUGGAAAGAAAACAUGCAAGCCCUCUGCAGCUUUCGAACCGUAGAAGACUUCUGGCAGUACUUCAACCACAUACCCAAACCUUCCCAAGUGUUUUUCGACGGCGAGUGCCGCAAAAAGGUCGGGCCGGAGGGGAAGACGAUUGAAGAGUAUUCACUGUUCAAAGAAGGGAUUGAACCGGAAUGGGGCGACCCGAAGAAUGUGAUCGGCGGAGAAUUCUUUUGCCGUGCCUAUUUCGAAGCGGAUAUUCUCGAUCUAUACUGGCAAAACCUCGUAUUCGCACUGGUGGGCGAAACGAUUGAAGAUGCGCUAGGAGGGAAGCAAGAUUGCGUUAACGGAGUCCGCGUUGUCGAUAAGUCCCGGGGAUAUCCCAUGUUUAAGUUGGAGCUUUGGGUGAAUACACGGGAUCCGAUACUGAAAGAAAAGAUGAAGGAUUUGCUGCUGGACCUCAUGACCGAAGGCCAACCGGCGUCCAUUAAAGGACGCCCGAAGUUUGAAUGGAAGGACCACUCGUCGUAAGCCAUCUGGUGAUCCACAAACUGCCCUUUCGUGUCUCGGCAAAAGAUAUGUCUCGAGAGUGCAAGUACCGUGAAACCCAGACAUUUCAAUGUUGCAAGCUUCGCUCCAUCUAAAUUGCCCAACACACAACACGCACAAA